GGCUAAGCAAGUGACUGCAUACAGAAAACUUUGUUAGCUACCUGCCAACAUCGCGCCAUCGUCUGUUUUGAAAUGUCACUGUCCUGCAGCAGCGCGGCAGAAAUCCUCGAAAAGAUGGACAACCAUGGAGAGGAGGAUGGAGAUCUGUGCAAAUGGACCAGUACUGUUGAGCAGUAAAAAUGACAUCAAAGCUCGAGUGCAACAGUUUGUGGAGGAGAGGAUGCAGACCACCAUGCUCACAGGUGUACUGAUUGGAGCUGCAGUCGCAGUCUCACUGAUCGGCAUUGUGGUGCUCUUCCUGUACAGGAGAUUCAAGCUUGCUCGUGAACAACAGCCUCAGUAUCGCUUCAGAAAAAGAGAUAAAGUGCUCUUCUAUGGAAGGAAGAUAAUGCGAAAGGUCCAGACGCUGUCCUCAAUUCCUCCCCCCACUUCCACCUCAGUAUCAAAGCAACCGCAGCGCAUACGUAAAAGAACCAAAGUUCUAAGCAUAGCUCGGAAAAUCCUAAGGAUCCGUAAAGACCCUCCCACCCUGCAGCCCAAGGAGCCCCCUCCGUCACUGCUGGAGGCUGAUCUAACAGAGUUUGAUGUGCAGAGCUCAAACCUGCCCUCUGAGGUCCUCUACAUGUUGAAGAAUGUCAGGGUCUUGGGUCAUUUUGAGAAGCCCCUGUUCCUGGAACUAUGUCGCCACAUGGUGUUUAUUGAGCUGCAGGAAGGGGAAGGCCUGUUCAGGCCAGGAGACGAUGACGAUAGCAUCUACGUGGUCCAGGAUGGACGACUCGAGUUCUGUAUUCAGGAGAACGAUGGUACAGAACCAGUGGUGAAGGAUGUGCUCCCAGGAGACAGCGUCCACAGCCUGCUCAGUAUUCUGGACAUCAUCACUGGUUAUCCAGCUCCAUAUAAGACUGUAUCGGCACGGGCUGCAACUCGCUCCACCAUAUUACGAUUACCUGCAUCGGCCUUUGAGUCAGUAUUUAAGAAAUACCCAGAGACGCUUGUGCGCGUUAUUCAGAUAAUCAUGGUGCGCCUCCAGAGAGUCACCUUCUUGGCGUUACAUAACUAUCUGGGCCUAACAACUGAGCUCUUCAAUCCGGACAGCCAGGCCGUGCCUUUGUCCAAUAUAAGCAGUGUUAUGGGAGAGGCGAAUUCCGGGAAGACAACUCGUCGUUUGCACUUUCAGGAUGAGUUACCUGCUGGGACAACAGAGAACUCUGCAGAGACAGAUGGUGUAAAGGACAGCCCUUCAAACAGCUACAGGAAGUCGCGGUCUAUCUCGAUGCCCACCGACUGCACAGGUAAUGACCUGAACAUGGCUUGUGAACGAGCUCGAGUCACUAUAGAUGAGGCUCCGUCCAGUCCAGUCACUCAAAAGUCCAGUCUGAAGAAGAGUGUGACAAUGCUGCACACACCCUCUGAAGUGUUUCACUACACAGACAGUGGGGGGCACUCUGAUGCCAUAUACCUGAGUAAGAGCAGCACAAUCCUCCAGGCUGCUAAGAAGGACCUGCUGCGAAUCAUCCAGCUGCAGGAUCCGAAUCUACUUGAGGGCAGAGUGACACUCCAUCAAGUCAAAGCUGGUUCUGUGGUGGCUCGUCAGGGAGACCAGGAGGUGAGCAUCCAGUUUGUGAUUUCUGGCCUCCUCCACGUUUACCAGCGGAUGAUUGACCGUGAAGAGGAGACACGCCUGUUUGUGACACACCCCGGAGAGCUUGUCGGUCAACUUGCCGUCCUGACUGGAGAGCCCCUCAUAUUCACUGUCCGAGCCCAGCGGGACUGCAGCUUCCUCUCCAUUUCCAAAACUCACUUUUAUGAGAUAAUGCGUGUGGAGCCAAAAGUAGUGCUGAAUGUUGCUCACACAGUGGUGAGGAGGAUGUCCUCUUUUGUCAGACAGAUAGACUUUGCUCUUGACUGGAUGGCCGUGGAAGCUGGCAGGGCCGUCUACAGGCAGGGAGAGAAAUCAGACUGUACUUUCAUAGUGCUGAGUGGUCGACUUCGCUCUGUAAUCUUGAAGGAGGAUGGCAAGAAGGAGCUUAUAGGAGAAUAUGGACGCGGUGACCUGAUUGGAGUGGUGGAAGCCCUGACCCAUCAGAACAGAGCCACCACGGUGCAUGCUGUACGAGACUCUGAGCUGGCCAAACUACCAGAAGGAGCUCUGAGCUCCAUCAAGAGGAAGUUCCCCCAGGUUGUCACCAGAUUGAUCCACUUACUAGGACAGAAGAUCCUCCAGCAGGUCAAUGGUCCUCUGACAGCUCGUAGUUUGGCACUCCACACUCCAGGUAGUAAAUGGGAUGCAGGGAACCAGGCCUCUAACCUCUCAACUGUGACAGUCCUGCCUGUAUCAGAGGAAGUACCUCUCACUGCCUUCACCCUGGAGCUGCAGCAUGCACUCAUUGCAAUAGGCCCCAUUCUUCUGCUGACCAGUGAUAUUAUCAAACAGCGACUUGGAGCUGCAGCACUAGACAGCGUCCAUGAGUACCGUCUGUCCAGCUGGCUGGGCCAACAGGAAGACAUCCAUCGUAUAGUUCUUUACCAGACAGACUACACACUGACCCCCUGGACACAGCGGUGCAUCCGUCAGGCCGACUGCAUCAUCAUUGUGGGACUAGGGGAGCAGGACCCUGCCGUUGGGGAGCUGGAGCGUAUGUUGGAAGGAAGUGCAGUGCGUGCCCAGAAGCAGCUGGUGCUAUUGCACAGAGAAGACGGCCCCCCGCCCAAAGGAACUGUGGACUGGCUGAACAUGCGAAGCUGGAUCUCCAGACACCUCCACCUCUCCUGUCCCCGAAGGGUCUUUUCUAAGAGGAGCUUGCCCAAACUGUUGGAGCUGUAUCAACGUGUGUUUGAGAAGCCAGCAGACCGCCACUCUGACUUCUCUCGCCUGGCUCGGGUCCUCACGGGCAAUGCUAUUGCCCUUAUUCUGGGAGGAGGAGGGGCCAGGGGUUGUUCCCAGGUGGGGAUAAUGCGAGCUCUCUGUGAGGCCGGCAUCCCAGUGGACCUCAUUGGCGGCACUUCUAUUGGUUCCCUGAUGGGGGCACUAUAUUCUGAGGACCGCAGCCACAGCCGCAUGAGGAUGAGGGCCAGAGAAUGGGCAAUGGAAAUGACAUCAGUGUUUAAGAAGGUUCUGGAUUUGACUUACCCAGUCACCUCCAUGUUUUCUGGUGCUGCCUUCAACUCCAGCAUCAGCAAUGUCUUCAAGAGUAAACAGAUCGAGGACCUUUGGAUCCCGUAUUUCAAUAUCACGACUGACAUCACUGCCUCAGCCAUGAGAGUACACACUGAUGGUUCUCUGUGGCGGUAUGUUCGUGCCAGCAUGUCUCUGUCUGGGUAUCUGCCUCCUCUCUGUGACCCCAAAGAUGGACACCUACUGAUGGACGGAGGCUACAUCAACAACUUGCCUGCUGAUGUGGCCCGCUCCAUGGGAGCCAAAGUGGUGAUAGCUAUUGACGUGGGCAGCCGGGAUGAAACCAACCUCACUAAUUAUGGCGACUCGCUCUCAGGCUGGUGGCUGCUAUGGAAACGCUUCAACCCUCUAGCUGAGAAAGUAAAGGUUUUGAACAUGGCAGAGAUUCAGACUCGGCUGGCCUACGUGUGCUGUGUGAGGCAGUUGGAGUCUGUGAAGAACAGUGACUACUGCGAGUAUAUCAGACCUCCAAUCGACAGAUACCGUACACUGGAGUUUGGCAAGUUUGAUGAGAUUGCUGAGGUGGGAUACCAGCACGGCAAGACCGUGUUUGAUGUAUGGAGUCGCAGUGGAGUGGUGGAGAAAAUGUUGAAGGACAGACACCAGGAGGAGUUCUACAACACCCAAAGCAAAAACAAUGUGGUGACAUGUCCCAAUGCUUCCUUCACCGACCUGGCAGAAAUUGUGUCCCGCAUCGAGCCUGUCAAACCUGCUCUGGUGGAUGAGGAGUCAGACUACCAAACUGACUAUGAAGAGGAGGCAGUGGAGAGCGCUCUGUCUGACAUGGAGCUGUACAGUCGAUAUGGAGAGCACACUGAAGGGGAGGAGACUGCUGACACGGAUGAAGAAUUGGAAGGGAGACGUGCACGCCACAUUACCUCACUCACCAGCAGCCACCCUCAGUCCCCUGCUGCCCCUGACACUCCACCGAAGCCGUCAAACUAGGAAGUCCUUUCCAAACAGUUCAUUAAGUGAAGACCAGCCGAAUGAACUCUGCCCGAACAGGUCAUCACAAUUUAACCUGCCUGUCCUUGCCACAUUUUACCCUCAAAACCCGUUCCUUGCUCCUGAGACUGUCAGAAUAAUCGUGACUACCAUCUCGCCGUGUGGCUGACAUUGCAAAUGGACAGUCCCUUAAAAAAAAUACAGGCAUCAAGUGUAACAUUUACUCAGCUGCAAGUCCUAUGCAUACCUAGUCUAUACAAGAAAAGCUACAAGCCUAAUUAUUUCUCACAUUGAGAUAGUCUAGAUUACUUUCUGUAGCUUUACAUGAAUGACACCAUUCAAGUGGAAGAUGACAAGAUAGGACGGGUAAGGAGAUCCUAUAUCCAUGAAAUAUUUCAUCACAUGAAAACUAUGAAUCUUUGUUGAUUACAUGUUGAAGACAGAUUUGAGGAAUUUUAACUAGAUUUGAGAUACAGUAUUUAAAGGGUCAGUUAACCUGAUUAAAAAACGUUUUUAUUUUUAUUUUUCUCAAGACAUGCAGAUAGUUUUUACAUAUCCAUCUGAGAUUUCUGCCACACACAGCAUUAAAAUGUUACGUUAAAAAACAGCAACACGUCCAUAGCUGAGUAAAGGGAUUAGAAAGAAAAAAAAUGUGAUGCAGAAUUCUGUUUAUUUUUCUGACUUUUCACUAAGUUUGCCCCUUUCUUGUCAAAUACUGGGUACGUGCUCCUCUGCAGGCCACUGAAAAAUAAGAGUCCAAGAGGGCAACAUCAGCAAAUCCUGUCCACAAUGAGGCCAUAAACUCUGAUGAGGGGUCACAAGUAGACUUUACUUUAUUUUAAAAAGGUUCACAAGCUAAAAAUAAUCAACAGUUUUCAUAGGGACCGAUUCUUCAGUAGAAAGUAGAUCCAAUGCAAACUGUUGCCAGUGAAGCCUGUGGAUUGUUCUGAGCAUGUGGGACACUGUUUCUGAUGAGAGAGAUAUUAAAAAUUUUAAAUGUAGUUUAUGGCUGGUGUGAGAACCACAAACAUAAUUCCAUUCAAAAAACUUAUAUUUGGAGCGACAGAAAUCUCAGAAACGGAUAUUUUGAAACUUGGGCAAAUAAAACCAAAACAACAACACUGCCAUAACAUCCAUCUUUACAAAAUUAAUAAUGUUCAGUUUCUGUUGACAUUAUUGGAAAUGUGUAAAUUUAUUUGUUUGUUUUUUUGUUUUUUUUUGUUUUUUUUGC